AUGCCAUACGUUUUCAACAGUAAUACCGGUCACAUAGUCAUCAUUAUCAGCUCCCUGUCCUCCCUGUCUAUACUCGAAUGUAUAGUUCAGUACUCGACUGUCCCGAAGCACAUCCUUCAACAGUCUACCAGUAGACGGUUGGGCACUCGUAUCACGAACUAUGGCCUUCCAGCAGUCCCAGCAGCUGCGGCAGCACCAGUGGCUGCACCGGCUCCGGCACCAGUCAGUGCCGCAGCUCCCGUUCCACCAGCAAUAGCACCAGCAACGGCUCCGGUCGCAGCGCCGGCUGUAGCCGAUGUGGCCACUGCUGCGGCAGUAGUUGCAGCCGUGCCGGCCGAACCCAAAACAGCUGAACCGACUCCAGCGGCCGCACCGGCAGCAGCAGGUGAGGCGGCACCACAGGUGGCCACUGUUACGACAACUCCGCCGACUAAUACAGUCAUCUUUAAUAACAAUUUAUAA